AUAACUGUUGCCUACUGGUAAGUGUAAAGGUAGAAAAUGCUAUUUUAUUAUUUUUCUCACAUGUACUUAAAGAAAUUAAAUUUUCUAUUUUUUAGUCUUUAUUAGGUUAUAAGUAUAUAUUAAAAGAACUCGUUUUCAAGAGUCUGGAAGCUUUGAAUAUGGAUUCUAACCUUGUAUUGGCUGUUAUUAUCGUACAAUUGCGGAAGUGGAGAAAAUCAUCGCUACAAUAUCGGAAAGGGAACCGGAGUAUAUUAAAACUGAUUAUGUUAUGGAAAUUUUUAAUGGAGCGUGAAAAAGAAGAAAACAAGAGGAUAUGGGUUCGCCCAAUAUUCACACAUUUGCGAAGACGUUUGCAAGGAGCCAGUGACAAUCUGGUCGUAGAAAUGCAGUUGCAAGACCAUGAAAUGUUUUACAACUACUGUAGGAUGUCUACAGAAAUGUUCGAGCAAUUGAUAAGUAUUGUUGGGCCUCUUCUUGAAAAGCAGAUUGUUAUUCGAGAUCCAAUACCGGCUCGCACACGGCUUUUAGUGUGUUUACGUUACCUAGCUUCUGGUGACAGUAUGGCUUCAAUAGCCUACGCAUUUAGAAUUGGAAAAAAUACCGUGUCAAAAAUAGUUUCUGAGACAUGUGAAAUAUUAUGGAAUUCUCUUCAUGAAUCUGUAAUACCACCACCGAACGAAGUGAUCAGUUGGUUAAAAAUUGCGGACGAAUUUGAAAAAAAAUGGAAUUUCCCACAUUGUAUAGGUGCGAUAGAUGGUAAAUAUGUUAUAAUUCAGGUGAGUUUUUGUAGAAUUUACUUGCUAUUUAUUUGUGAAAAGUGCAUGAAGAUUAAUUUCUGAUAAACUU